AGCCUCAGUUGUUGGUUGUAACUUUAGGUUGUGGUAGGAAACAUGGGAGGUGCUUGGAUUCUCUUAACCUUUGCAGUGGCAUCGUGGCUUAAAGGGUCCUGUUUACCCAUUUCUCAAAGUGAACUGCAUGAGGAGCAAAAGAACUUAUUGGCUGAAAAAGAAAUUGCUGUGAAGAACAUUAUCCAGUCAAGGUAUUCCAUGAUGCUGCAAAAAGUUCAACUGGAAGCCAAAGAAGUGGACGCCGCCCCCAACAACGCGUCAAGCGACGCCGCCCCCAACAACGCGUCAAGCGACGCCGCCCCCAACAACGCGUCAAGCGACGCCGCCCCCAACAACGCGUCAAGCGACGCCGCCCCCAACAACGCGUCAAGCGACGCCGCCCCCAACAACGCGUCAAGCGACGCCGCCCCCAACAACGCGUCAAGCGACGCCGCCCCCAACAACGCGUCAAGCGACGCCGCAACUUCCAGUUCAUGAAAAUUUUCAAUAAAUGCAUUAUACUUGAUUCCCA